AUGCCUACAUUAGAACAGAUGGAAUAUACAGGCACAAGAACGAUCUGCUCAUUGAAUUCCCUUUGAGGAUUACCCAAUUUCAUUACAAAUUUUGCAGUAAACCAAUUCACUUCCAUGUAACUUCAAUCAAAAGAAGAAGGAUCGAGAUAGAAACAAAUUGGGUUUUCUGUAGACACCGCCGAUGCUAAUUUUUAGGCCCAACAUUCCCUAAACUAGAAGAAUCCCAUCUCCAUAUCCCUCCAUUAAAUCACCUUCCAUUGCCGAAGGGGACCCCCCCACGCCCACGAACAGUGGUGCAAAAUCCGGUUCUUGGGUCAGCCCUGAUUGCCUCACCUCUCCGACUCGCUUCAUUACUGAUCUUCUCGGCGCUGCUCUUUUUCUUUCCCUCUUCAAUUGGAUGAAUGACUAUGGACCCAUUUACAGGCUCGCCGCUGGCCCUAGAAAUUUUGUCGUGGUUAGUGACCCCGCCAUUGCUAACCACGUUCUCAGCAAUUAUGGGACUCACGCUAAAGGGCUUGUUUCUGAUGUCUCCGAGUUCGUGUCUGGGUCGGGUUUCGCGAUUGCAGAAGGCCCUCUUUGGACGGAGAAGUGUUGAAGAACUCAUUGCAAAUUGCAAAGAAAUUGUGGAAACUGAGGAGGAACAUGUGGAUGACGCUGAUCCAAGCUUCCUUUGAUUUUUGCUGGCCAGUACACAAGAGGUUUGGGAUGAAGCAGAGGAGUUUAUUCCAGAAUUAUUUGACUUGGAAGGUCCUGUCCCUAAUGAAAACGAUACAGAUUUCGGCCGCUACGGCCGCCGCCGCCAAACACCUCUUCUCCAACACACCCCAUCCGAUGGCUUCCUCAAACUCCUCGAACAAUAGCGAGGUUGUUCACUUCGUGUUGUUCCCUUUAAUGGCAAGAGGCCACACCAUUCCCAUGGUAGACAUCGCCAAGCUCUUAUCCCAAGCCUCUCCCUUUGUUCAUGUCACCAUUUUGACCACUCCCCACAACGCCACUCGCCUCAAGAAUUCCCUACUAUCUCAUCCCCGAAUCCGUCUCACCCUCCUCCAACUAUGUAACGCCUACCAGCACAUGGACCACCUUCCCUCCUUCAACCACUCCCUCUCUUUCUUGUCCUCUCUGGCUCACGACCUCCAACCCCAAGCCCUCGCCCUCUGCAAAGCCCUCUCCCCAAAACCCACCUGCAUUAUCUCAGACAUCUGCCUCCCAUGGACCCUCCACAUAGCUUCCCAUAUUGGGGUCCCUUGGCUGUCCUUCAACGGAGGCUCCUGUUUUGGCAAUGUCGCCAUGUCCAAGAUUCUGGGGUCGGGGAUUUGCGAGACGGUUGCGUCCGAUGGGGAGUAUUUUGAAGUCCCCGGGUUGGAGCAUAGAAUAGAGGUCAGCAAGGCUCAGUUGCCCAUUGGAUUUAUGAGUGAUGGGAUGAUGAAAUUCAUUCAGCUUAUUGGAGAGGCUGAGAGGAAGGCUUAUGGGAUGGUUGUGAAUAGCUUUGAGGAACUUGAGGGUUGUUAUGUACGUGAGUUGAAGAAAAUGAGAGGGGAUAGAGUUUGGUGUAUUGGGCCUGUUUCUUUGUGCAAUAGACGCUAUGAGGACAAAGCUGAAAGGGGUAGCGUUACUUCAAAGGACAGCAGAAAUGAUGAAGUCAUGAUAUGGCUGGACUCGCAACAUCCAAACUCAGUGCUGUAUGUUUGUCUUGGGAGCCUGCACAACUUAAAAACCCCACAACUAAUAGAGCUAGGGUUGGGGUUAGAAGCAUCAAAGAAGGCAUUCAUAUGGGUGGUGAGGGCCUCAAACAAACUGGAAAAAUGGAUUGAAGAAGAGGGUUUUGAAGAGAGAAUGAAAGGAAGAGGGGUCAUCAUAACAGAUUGGGCUCCACAGCUAUUGAUAUUAUCACACCCUGCCAUUGGGGGAUUCCUUACUCAUUGUGGUUGGAACUCAGUCCUUGAGGGCGUAGCUGCUGGCUUGCCAAUGCUCACUUGGCCUCUAUUCUCAGACCAAUUUCUGAAUGAGAAAUUUGUGGCUGAUGUUUUGAAUAUAGGUGUGAAAGUUGGCGCCCAAUAUCCAGUGAUGAAAAUGAAAGAGGAAGAGGAGGAGGAGGAGGAGGAGGAGGAGGAAGAGGAGGAGGAGGAGGAGGAGGAGGAGGAGGGGAUGGUAGAGGUGAGGAAAGAAGAUGUUAGGGAAGGCAUUGAAAGGGUGAUGGGGGAAGGAGAAGAAGCUGAGGAAAGAAGGAAGAAAGCAAGAGAAGUUGGGGUUAUGGCUAAUAAGGCCUUGGAAGAUGGUUGCUCUUCUCACCUCAACAUUGCAUUAUUGAUUGAUGACAUGCUGAAACCAAACAACAUUUCAACCUAA